UUUUCCCUUUUUCUCUAGGGUUUUUUUUUUCUCUACUUUCACUCUCCCUUUCGAAAAGCUUGGUUUUUCCCUUUUUCUCUAAGGUUUUUUUUCUCUACUUUCACUCUCCCUUUCGAAAAGCUUGAUCGUUGUCGCCACCUAAACGCAGAGGAUAGACACACCAUCAUCGUCGUCGAUCUCUGUAGUCAUCGCCGCAGCCGUAGGUUGCGUCCGUGCCAGCCACCAAUUUUGUAGCCCUUUGUUCCUUGGAUACAAUUCAAUCCUUCUAUGGCCAAAUCUAAAUUUGUGGAAAGCCUUCGAUGGCUUCGUUAUGAAAACAUGAAUGUGCAGAGCUGAGCAUCUUCUAUUCGCUGGGAUAAGUUUUUCCUCUACAGGGCCUUGUACAGUGAACCCUCUACGGGUGAUUGCCUAUCGUCGUAAAGCAGCCCCUGCAAAGCAUCCUAAACCAUUCAAUUAUCAACCUCUUUGUCUUCCAUUCCCUUUUCUAUCUCUUUCGAUAUUGGACUGGGUAUUGGGACAUAAUGAAGCAUUAUUUAGGAGAGCUCAGUUGAAAGCCCUUGUGUCCAUCCAUUGCCAGGAGGCUGGCAAGGGAGGUGAACUUACACAUGAUGAGACAACAAUUAUAAGUGGUGCACUUGACUUAACUGAAAAGCAUUGGAGGAGCAAGUGAUGGACUGAGCAGAAAAUUGACCGAGUAGAAAAUUGAAGCACAAAAUUUGUGAUCGUUAGAGUUACAAGUGUUUGCUGAGAAAACUACACACACACUUACAGAGAUAGAGAAAGAGAGAGAGAUAUAGAUAGAGAAGCAUUGGUGGCGGUUUGUCCCCCAUUAAUGUAACUUGCUUCUCUGAACAAAACAGAAAAAAAAUGUUGCAAAAAGAGAGAGAGAUAUAGAUAGAGAAGCAUUGGUGGCGGUUUGUCCCCCAUUAAUGUAACUUGCUUCUCUGAACAAAACAGAAAAAAAAUGUUGCAAACUAAUUUCGCUUUAAUGUAACGAACUAAUCUGAGAACCUUUAUUUAUGCUGUAUUGAAUGGUUUUUCAGAAUUGU